AUGGGGGUCCACAGUCCCUGUGCACCCUGCCUACCACUGUACCUGCUGCCGCUGCUGUUCCCUCCACCCGUUCUGAGAGCAUUGACGGUCCAAUACCAGGGCCCUAGCUGGAGAAUGUUCCACCGCCUGACCAAGGGCUCUAGAAGUUCCCAAGGUCACGCUUCCCCAAGUGGCCGGCAGUACUGGCGCUCGCUGCACGAAUGCCAGGGCAUCUUCAACCUCUACUUCAUCUUGGACAAGUCGGGCAGUGUGGACAACAACUGGAUUCAUGUCUAUUCAUUCGUGGAAGAGUUGGUGGAGAAAUUCCGAAACCCAGAUCUGCAGGUGUCUUUCAUUACCUAUUCCAAUGAUGCAGACAUUGUCAUGCCACUCACCUCGGACAGAGCUGAAAUCCGUAAGGGUCUUAUUGGACUUCAGAGAAUUGUGCCCGGAGGCUACACACUCAUGCAGAAAGGAUUUAAAAUGGCAAAUGAGCAGAUCGAAAGGGCCCAGAGAGGAGGCAAGCGUGUCGCCAGCAUAAUUAUAGCUCUGACCGAUGGGAUAUUGCUGCCAGAUGUAUUUCAGGAAACUAUGAAGGAGGCCAACAAAGCCCGGGAUAUGGGGGCAGUCAUUUACACCGUGGGUGUGCUUGAUUAUAGCAAAGAUCAGAUGUCUCAAGUUGCAGACAGCCCAGAGCACGUAAUCGGGGUGAGCCAUGGGUUCAGGAAUCUGCAUGACAUCGUCAACUCACUCAGUAACCGGUCCUGCAUGGAAACCACAUCGGUAGAGCCCUCCGCAGUGUGUGCAGGAGAAUUGUACAAAGUAGACAUUACUGGACAUGGUUUUCACAAUACAAAAGGCCAGGACCAAGUUAUUUGCAGAUUCAAGUUCAGUGAUUCCUACUUCGUCGACGAAAAAGUCAUCAGUAUGACUGAGAACUCCAUAACUUGUCCCGGACCAAUGAUAGAACGACCUGGACAGGAGGUCUCUAUCACAAUCAGCCUGAGCAAUGGCGCUGCCUUCCUUGGGGACCAAGUCAGCAUCAACAGCAUCAGAUGCAUGAGGGCCCAGAUCCAGCCUAUUCCCAAGAAAAUGUUACUUGCCCUCCUGCCAGCCCUGCUGCUGAUCCCACUGCUGAUAUGGUGUUGCUGGAGGUUCUGCUGCAAGAAGACUAAGAAGGAGCCACCACCGCCACCUCCACCAGAGCCACAGGAGCCAGAAGAGGAGAAAGAGCCUCCUUCUCAAGCUCUGGUACCUGUCAACACAUGUCCCACUGUGAUUGUCGCCUGCUGCGGCUGUGGAAGCAGAACCAGAGGGAUAGAGAGCCAUGUGGAUCCUUGUUGCAGCUACUUUUCCCCGACCUGCCACCAGAUGCCAGUAAUGUGGUGUCCACCAAGGGUCCAGGAGAGAUGCUCCAACUACACUGUCAUGAACCCCAGUUGCACACAGGCGUGUAGCCCAAAGAUCUGCCUUCGCCCCAAUAGGGAGUGUUUCCACAUCACACAGCCUCCCUGCAGAUCAAAGAUCGCCCUUCAACCCGGCGAACAGUGCUACCAAGUCGCAAAGGCACCCGGCUCCUCUAGGUUCUACCUCCAAACCAGCCCAGACUGCGUCCCUAUUUCACAGACCGUGUACACCCCCAGGAUGUGCCCGCAGUCUUACCAGAGGUGCUUCUCCCUCAACAGUUACCCAAAGUGCCAACCCCUCCCAACCAGGUGCACGAGGUGCCCCUCCCGGAUGUUGCCGCUGCUCCCUCCCAAAGCCCGUCAAUCUGUAGAUUCCCUUUACCAGCCUAGCAGGUCAAAAAAAGGACACAAAUCCUAA